AUGAACUUCAUAAUCCACAUCGGGACCUUCCUCCUCCUGGUCGCCUUCGUCCUCCUCCUAGUGGCGUCCAUCUCCGCCCCAGUGGUGAAGCACGUCGCCUUCCUGACGGCCAAGUCGGCGCAACACACGUUCCGGUACGGCGCCUGGGGAUGGUGCGACACGCUGGGCACGAACGUCUGCACGGGCCGGAGCGUGGGCUACCCGCUCGCGGAGCAGGCUGGCGCGUUUUCCGGGCAGCAGAUCGCGCAUUCAGUGAGCUCCACGACGCGCGCGCUCGUCAUGCACCCCAUCGCGUGUGUGCUGUCGUUCAUCGCGUUCGUCAUCUGCGCCACGGCGGACAGGUUCGGCUUCCUCGGCGCCACGCUCUUCACGUCGCUCGCGUUCAUCUUCUCCUUCAUCGUCAUGGUGAUCGACUUUGCGCUGUUUGGUAGGGCGAAGCGCAACCUCAACAAGAACCCCGGUAUCAGUGCACAGUACGGCAGCGCGACGUGGCUCACCCUCGUCGCGACGCUGUGCCUCUUCUUCGCCCUCUUCUUCACCUUCUUCUCGUGUUGCGUCGGCCGGCGCGACAAUGCUCGCGGGCAUGUCGAGUCGGGCCAUGUGACUACCGAGAAGCGCGGCCUGUUCGGUAACAAGCACCACCGCCACGUCGACGGCGCGGCUGCCCCCGCCACGACUGUGAACAACGACCGCCGUUUCUGGCAGCGUUAG